CUGAGAGAGAGAGGCAAGGCAACACCGAAAUUGAGCGAGGAUGUAAGAGUAAGGACAGGCCAACCAACCAGCACCAGCAAUCUGACCAUGUCUGGAGAGUGCAGUGCUCAUGAGUAAGCAGUUCAUAAACCACACAGACAGAGAAUGAUGCUAGAAAUCCCAGCAAGGCUCUAACACCUUAGAUCAGAGGUAAGGGAGACACCUAAUAUCAAC